AUGACUUCAGACAAUAAGCCCAAGAAACAGCUAAUCCUCAAUGCCUUUGCUAUGCAAUCGCCCUCUCACCUGAAUCCAGGUCUCCACCGCUACCCCAAAGACCAAGGCGGAAACUACAAAUCGCUCCAGCACUGGGUAUCCCUCGCGCAAAAGCUCGAAGCCGCAAAAUUCCACGCCAUCUUCUUCGCCGACGUCCUAGGAGGCUACGAUGUCUUCAAGGGCCCAGGAAACCUCAAUCCGACUAUUCCAGCGGCCGCACAAUUCCCCAUCAACGACCCGCUAUACAGUAUUCCCGCCAUGGCGGCCGCGACCGAGUCGAUCGGAUUUGGCGUCACCGCAUCGACAACGUACGAUGCGCCGUAUGCGCUCGCUCGGCGGUUCUCAACCGUCGACCAUCUGAGUAACGGACGCGUAGGCUGGAAUAUCGUGACCUCGUACCUGGAUUCUGCGGCGCGCAAUUUCGGCUUGAAUACACAAGUUGAGCAUGACGAGCGGUAUCGCAUCGCCGAUGAGUAUCUCGAUGUCACAUACAAGCUGUGGGAAGGGUCCUGGCGCGACGACGCAGUGAAUGUGAAGGACGGGGUGGCCGGAUAUGCGGAUCCCAAGGCUGUACGCCAGAUCGAUCACAAGGGGAAAUAUUUUAACGUCCCUGGACCGCAUCUGUGUGAGCCUAGCCCGCAGCGUACUCCUUUCCUGUUACAAGCCGGUACAUCUACGGCGGGCAAGGCCUUCGCUGCGAAGCAUGCAGAAGCUAUUUUCUUGCAUGGGCAAAAGCCGGAGCUGGUGCGUCCGUCGGUUGAUAGUGUGCGACACCAGGCGCAGGCUCAGGGCCGUGAUCCAGCUUCCAUCAGGGUUAUAGCAGGUGUUCUAGCCGUCGUGGCCGAGACCGAUGACGCGGCGCAUGCAAAAUUCGCCGAGUUGGCUCAGUAUGGUGAUCGGGAGGGGGCGCUUGCUUUGUUCGGCGGAUGGUCGGGGUACGAUUUAUCCAAGUAUGAGGACGACCAGGACUUCCGGUUUGUCGAGCAGCCUGCGAUCCGCAGUAUGGUGAAUCACUGGGCCAGCACGGUGCCUGGCACUGGAGGCAAGAAAUGGGACAAGAAGACGAUCUCCGAAUAUUUGGUCUUGGGAGGAAAUGGAGCGAAGAUCAUCGGUAGCGCGAAGACCGUGGCGGACGAGUUAGAGCGCUGGGUUGAGGUGGGCGAUGUGGAUGGGUUCAAUCUCAGCUAUGCCUCAAUUCCGGAGACCUUCGAUGAUAUUAUCAAGUAUUUGAUUCCGGAGUUGCAGAGACGAGGAGUCUUCCACAACGACUAUGCAGUUAAGGGAGGCACAUUCCGAGAGAACAUGUAUGGAGAAAAGGGACAAAGUAGAUUGCCUGAGUCGCAUCCAGGGACCAAGUAUGUUUGGCGCAAGGGAGAGGAAAUCCCGAAGUAUGCCACGGAAACAGGCAAUUGA